GAUCAAACUAGCGAUCAAAUUGUUUCACUGCGACGACGAAAAUGUCUGGUUUGUGACCACUGACCGGCGCUGCUAUACAUUGGGCAACAACUAUAAGGGUGUACUCGGUUUGGGUCACAAUCAUAGAGUAGCCGAACCGGAACUGAUCCAUGAAUUAUCCGACAAAACAAUAGUGAAAUUUAUUAUCGCCAGUGGUUUCGCUUUCUGUAUAACCGCUGAUGUUGUUGAUGAUGACAACCAUAACAGCGAGAUAUACAGCUGGGGUUACAAUGUGUUCGAACAGUUAGGCAGACCUACCAGAGCUGAAUAUAGCCGACCAGCGAUCCUAGAGGUUCUCACCGAUAAAUGUGUUACCGAUAUUGCCAGCGGCGACUAUCACUCGCUAGCGCUGACCACCGAUGGCUCGGUCUAUGCCUGGGGUGACAACAGUUGCGGACAGUGUGGCGGUGGACAACAAACCGAUUGCGUGGAACAGCCCAGUCAAGUGAUAUUCCCUGUAAAUACGGUAAUCAAAUCAGUCUAUUGUUGCGACAACAGUUCGUACGGCUUGACCGCCGAUGGACUCGUCUAUCUGUGGGGUGAAGACCUGUACCGAUAUGUCAGACCCGAUGUUACUGAUGUCUAUGAUUUAUUGCCACAAUUACUAUGGACUUCAAUGGCUACUAUCGGUCCUAUGAAAUCCGUAUCGUUUUACUAUAACUAUAAAGGCCUAUACGCUUAUCAUAUAUUUUUGUUGACAACCGAUGGACAUGUCUACCGGUGCCGACAACAGAGGAUAAUUGGCGAUAAAAAACGUAAAAAUCCUAAUAAUUGUUUGAUAAAAAUGUUGGAUAUUAAAAAUGCUACCGAAAUGUAUAAUAGAUACCUGAAAAUUGAUAACAUUUUCUAUGAGAUUACUGGUAUUAAUGUCGGCAAUACUACUACUAAUAACAAUAUUAAAAGUAAUAAUAAUAAUAAUAAUCUUAAAUUGAAACCAAUGGACGCGUAUAGCAAUCUAAUUGAUAUCUAUGUUGAUAAACAUAAGUCAACAUUACAUACAAUUAGCAUAGAGUUAACUGAUGAAAAUGAUAUGCAAAUUAAUGAGAGAAAUCUAAACUAUUUUAAAGAUAACUUUAUGGUAACCAAACCGUUAGGUUCGGGUAGUUAUUCAUUAACUAGUGUUAACAGUGUUAGACAUAUUAGUACGGAUAAAAUAUUUGCAAUUAAAUGUAUAUUAAUUAAUGAUUCAAACAGAGAUAAUAUCUUAAAACAAGUAAAACAAUUACUGAAUCUUCGGUCCGAGUUUAUGGUUAACUGUUACGACCAGUGGUUUGAGUCCAACCAACUAUACAUUCAAAUGGAUUUAAUGUCCCGAAGUCUUGAGGAUGUUAUCAAAUGCAAGUCAAAGACAUUUAACAACAGACAAUCCACAGAACCGAUGGAUUCAAUUGAAUAUUACAUUUUAAGUCAUCUGAUGCUAGAGUUGUGCGAAUGUUUGGAUUAUUUGCACGGAAAAGAGCCGCCGAUUAUUUACCGACGACUCAGACCCAGUAAUAUACUUAUCAAUGAUCAGCCAAUUAAUAAUAGAUUUGUUAAAUUGGGUGACUUUUCCAUCGAUUUGGACACACAAUCAUCGGAUAAUAAAUAUACGGCUCCGGAGGCUAUCAAUAGCGGUAAUGGACUGGUAGUUGAUUAUAAUGAUAUUAAAUGCGAUAUCUAUAGUUUGGGUGCAAUUAUAAUGGAUUUAUUUGACAUCACUAACGUUAAUGAUUGUUUAAAACUAUAUGAAAAAUCUAAAUUGAAUAAUUACAUGGCUAAUAUUUGUAAUUUAACAAAAUCAAUGAUGUUAUUACAACAUGAUGAUAAUGAUAAUGAUAAUAAUGUAGAUGAAAAUAGACCACCAAGAGUAUGUGAAUAA